AGAAUGACAGUCACAGUGAUCGAGUGUCUCCGUGUCUGUUCUAUCCGAUGUUGACAGAAAAAAACGUGCUUGUUCACGCACUAAAUCUGCUCAGUAGAGCGCGGCAGGUGCAUCUCUGGAUCACAGGUAAAUUAUAAACCGUCGCCGUUCCAUUUAUGUUCCAACUUUUAGUAGGAAUAACCUAGCAAAGUGUUGAUGAUGAUGACAAAGACAAAGAUGAAGACAUUUAAAUAGAUCAAAUAACGAGGUUGUAUCUUGAUUUAUAUUUGGUGAUUUGGGACAGUAAAUGUUUGUUUUUUUCCCACUUGUGUUAGACAGAACUCUAUCAAUUGUCGUUGAACAGCAACUUUAUGUGGACCACAUGACAUUUUCCUACGUAUUACCAAUAGAAAGUAUAGUCUACAGUAUAGAAGGAUCUCCUUGCCCCGAUGGAUGACGUGGAGCCCCUUGUGCCCCAGGGGCCAGCAGAGGAGAGGAGCCCAAAUGGCCACUGCACCCGGUGCCCCAUCUCCAGCCAGAGCCCCGGUGAUUCCAAAGUGGUGGAAGACUUCAGGAGGCGGCUCAAGUACUUCUUUAUGAACCCCUGUGAAAAAUAUAGAGCCAGGGGCCGGAAACCAUGGAAACUAAUGUUACAGAUUCUGAAAAUUGCCAUCAUCACAUUCCAGUUGGUGUCUUUUGGAUUGAGUAACGAGAUGAUGGUGACCUUUAAAGAGGAAAACCUGAUGGUGUUUAAACACCUCUUCCUGAAAGAAUAUAAGGACCAACGUGUGGACAGAUACGCAGUGUACACCAAAACAGAUGUGUACGACCACAUCUAUUACGUCAUCGAUAGGUUUAUAAACCUGCAGAACCUGACGGUAGGGAACCAUGCGUAUGAGAAGAUAGAGGGCGAGUACACCCCUCUGACCCUUUGUCAGGAGUUCUUCAGGAAAGGCAGCAUCUCCCCUGGCAACGACACCUUUGAUAUAGACCCACAUGUAGACAAAGAAUGUAUUUCCGUAUAUCCUCUGGAGCCAUUGGAGGAUAAAACUUUGUCAAGAGACAUUAACUUUUCUCUGGAUUUUAAAAGGCUGUUGUCAGUAAACAUCUACCUCACGUUGAAAGCCAUCAACCUGCAGACAGUGCGCCACCACGAGCUCCCAGACUGUUAUGCCUUUAGUAUAAUUAUAAUGUUUGACAAUCGUGCACACAGUGGGAGGAUAAAGAUUAACUUAGAAAAUAAUGUUGGAAUCAAUGAAUGUAAAGACUGGAAUGUUGAAAGCACUUCUGGGAAGAACAACCACCUCUUGCUGUUUGAUUCCCUCGUCAUCCUCGCCUGCUUUACCUCUCUCAUCUUGUGCACACGCUCAGUCUGCAAAGGAUCUCAGCUCCAGUUUCAUUACACUGCAUUCUUCCACACCUACUUUGGUAAAACUGUGUCCUGGUCUGAGCGCAUGGAGUUUGUGAACGGCUGGUAUAUUCUGAUCAUCGUCAGCGAUACACUGACCAUCGCUGGAUCCGCCCUCAAAAUAGGAAUACAGACUAAGGACCUUACAAACUAUGAUGUCUGCAGUAUUUUGCUUGGGACAUCCACAAUGCUUGUCUGGGUUGGAGUUAUCCGCUACCUGGGUUUCUUUAAGAAAUAUAACAUCCUAAUUCUGGCCCUAAGGGCAGCGUUUCCAAAUGUGAUCCGCUUCUCCUGCUGCGCUGGCUUGAUCUACCUGGGCUACUGUUUCUGUGGCUGGAUUGUUCUGGGGCCGUAUCAUGAGAAAUUCCGGACCUUGGACAAGGUGACAGAGUGCCUGUUCUCUCUGAUCAACGGUGAUGACUUGUACUCCACUUUCCAGAAGAUGAGAGAGAAGAGAUACAUGGUGUGGCUGUUCAGCAGGCUCUACCUCUACUCCUUCCUCUCUCUCUUCAUUUACAUGGUGCUCAGUCUGUUCAUUGCCCUCAUCACAGACACAUACGAGACCAUCAAGCAACACCAGAAGGACAGAGUCCUGGUGUCCCAGCUGAAGGCCUUUGUGGCUGAGUGUAGAGACCAGCCUGACUCUGGGAAGUACAAGAUAGACAAGGAACCCACCUGCUGCUGCUACUGCUUUGGAUAGACCCUAUAAAGUAGCCGUGUGUGUGUGCGUGUGUGCGCGUGUGCGUGCGUGUGUGUGUCUGUGUGUGUGUGAGUCAUAUGUUAGUAGGCAUUAAAGCUCUAUUCAUGUGUUGGGAAAUGUAUUUUGAAAAUUGUUUAAAGUUUGUAUAUGUUGAUCAAUAGUAUACUUUUUUAUAUUUGAUUGUAUUAUGUAAUUAUGUAUGAACAAUGAAAUUGCACAAUGGGUGAUAUUUUAAUGUAACGUGAUAUUGUUUGUGCUAGCAUUUACUAGGUAACAUUGUAGAGGAAAUGUAUGCAUUCACUCAUAUCACUCAUAGGUAGGCUAAAUCAGUGGGCUAAUUGCGAGUUUCCAAUUAGGGUUUAUCCUGGUGUUUCGCCCAAAAGACAGAUUUUUCGGUUUCCGUCUACAUGGGCCCGGCACCCGGAUCUCACUGGGUCAUGGCUCCGAGGGACAUGCCCAGACUUGGGGCCAAGCCCAGGCCCUGUGUACUUUUCGGCUUUAAUUUACAUAACAAUGGCUAACUGUGAACUUCAACACCUUCUCACAAAGCAACUGUCUUGAAUGAUGCAGAGGUUGUUGAUUCUGCUCGCCCCAAGUCUUUAGUGUCACACUCCUGAUGGAAACACAAUUACACUAGAGCAGGUGUUCUCAAACUUUUGGGCUUGGUGGGCCAAUAUAUAAUCUGUGUGGUGGGUCACGGACCAAACAAAUAGACAUUAUGUAUUUAGAGAUCGUGACUGUGGGACUAUAAAGGUCUGUCUACGCAAAGCAUAGUUCUGAGAUAAACAUGAUCAACAUUCUCACAUCCCAGAUCUCAGCACUGUUUUGUAGUGAAUUCUUCUUUCAUAUCCCAUUAAGGUCCACACCUUAAAGAUACCUAAAGUGCAAAGUAUCAAAAUCCUGAGACAUUUGUAAAUCAGUUUAUUUAGGGGGGUACAAUCUCAGAUACAGUAUAAACUUGUGGCUCUGAAAUGUCAAUCUGGGUUCAGCAGUAAGGUUAUAUCUAACACUUCUGAAUUCAAUUUUAAGAAAACUAGCUAUUUGAAUACACUCAUUAUAGAAUAAUACUAUUUUACCAAGAUUGAGUCAGAACACAUCAUCAAAUACAUGUAUUAUGAUCAUCAGACAAAUGACUAUAAUCACUGAACAAUGAUGUGACAACAUAAUUUACUUUAAGAUGUCUGACAGUGUUGUUUUUUUGCUUGCGUGCCAUUAUUGCUGGUUAGACUAUACCACACCUUACAGCGCCAAGUUCAAAUGG